AUGGUUGGUGAAAAUUAUCACCAACUUGUGUAUGAUUUGCUUGCAGAUAUGAGCUUAGAAGAGUGUGGUAUGAGUAGUAAACUGGGAGUAGAAACUUGUACCCACAAGCGUUCUAAAAGCUUUCCAGGCAAGAAUGGAUUUGAAGAAGAUAGUCUUGACCAUUCUAACAGCAUUAAGUUGAAUAAGAGUUGUAUAAAUUCGGAGAAGAAUCAAGUACCUAAUGCCGACAUCCAGAAUUCGUUGAGGAAUGAGAUACUGCAGCUUGAGAAAAGAUUACAAGACCAAGUUGCUGUUCGUGGUGCUUUAGAACAAGCAUUGGGUUAUCGAUCAUCUUCCCAUGAGAUCACAAAUCAAGCCUCUAUUCCCAAGCCGGCAACAGAGUUGAUUAAGGACAUUGCUGUUCUAGAGUACGAAGUUUCACAUUUAGAGCAAUAUCUUCUAUCAUUAUAUCGCAAAGCAUUUGAUCAACAAAUUUCAUGCCCAUCUCCCUUAAGAAACGAUGAGUCACUAAAAUCACCAUUGAUGACUCCAAGAGGCAAGUAUUUGGAAACUUGCAGAGCAGAUAUCUCGUUGAAACCAGAAAACCCUGCAGAUCCGGCCAUUUUUCCAUCAGAAAUUAACUCAUGGAAAGAUGUUAACGAAGGCACCGGAGAAGACGAUCUGCUUUUAGAUUCGGGUGUUCAUCGUUGUCACUCUUCACUAUCUCAACAUUCGAUCUUGUCAAUGGAAACGCCAGCAGAGACUCUUGGUAAAGCGUUACGUGCGUGCCAUUCACAGCCACUAUCCAUGAUGGAGUAUGCUCAAAAUAAUACCUCAAACAUAGUUAGUCUCGCCGAGCACCUUGGUACUAGGAUUUGUGAUCAUAUUCCCGAAACACCGAACAAGCUCUCGGAAGAUAUCAUCAAGUGUAUGUCCGCUGUAUAUUGCAAGCUUGCGGACCCGCCUCUAACAAAUCACGGGAUUUCAUCUCCUACUUCAUCUUUGUCCUCAAUGAGUGCCUUUUCGCCAAAAGACCAUUCCGACAUUUUGUGGAGCCCGGGGUUUAGAAGGGAUUCGUCGUCUUUUGAUGUGCGAUUAGAUAAUCCUUUUCAUGUCCAAGGGCUUAAGGAGUUCAGUGGACCUUAUAGUACAAUGGUUGAAAUCCAAUCUAUUUCUAGAGAUGGCCAAAAAUUGGGUGACAUCGAACAUAUGUUGCAAAAUUUCAGGUCACUUAUUUCUCGAUUAGAAGAGAUAGAUCCGAGAAAACUGAAGCACGAAGAGAAGCUAGCGUUUUGGAUCAAUGUACAUAAUGCGUUGGUGAUGCAUGCUGUUUUGGCUUACGGGAUUCCACAGAACAACAUAAAGAGAGUCUUUUUGUUAUUAAAAGCUGCGUAUAAUGUUGGCGGUCAAGUGGUAAGUGCGGAUGUAAUCCAGAACUCUAUCCUCGGAUGCAAAAUGUCUCGUCCCGGCCAGUGGCUUCGACUUUUAUUAUCUUCAAGAACGAAAUUCAAAGCGGGAGAUGCACGCCAAGGUUAUGCAAUUGAUCAUCCGGAACCCCUUUUGCACUUUGCGCUUUCUUCAGGAUGCCAUUCCGAUCCUGCGAUUCGCGUUUACACCCCAAAACGAGUGACCCAAGAACUAGAAGGAGCGAAAGAAGAAUUUGUGAGGGCUACAUUCGGUGUAACGAAGGAUCAUAAGAUUCUUCUACCGAAGGCCAUCGAGAGCUUUGCAAAGGAUUCAGGACUCUGUGCCGGUGGCGUGAUGGAGAUGAUCCAACAAUGUUUACCGGAAUCGGUGAGGAAGAACAUAAGAAAACAUCAGUUGGCGAAAUCACGAAAGAUGAUCGAAUGGGUUCCUCAUAAUUUCGGUUUUCGGUAUCUAAUUUGUAAGGAGCUUGUGAAGUGAUCGAGUCUUCUGGGUGAUCAUGUGUGUAAAUGAAACAGAUGAUUGAGGUUGGCAAUGGCAAUGGCAAUGGCAGUGUAUAUUUCUGGAACCAAAAACAUCUCCAUUUUUUGCUGAUGUCCCACUUGAUCAAUUUCUUAAGAAAUCCAAUGGAAUCCAUUAAUAUCUUAGAGGGAGGUUUAAAUAAGAAUACUGUGUUUGGUUGGUUUUCUAUUAGAUACUGUAUGGAUAAAGAUAUCAGUGUGGAUUAACCUGUUUGUAUAGA